UGUUCUUCCCUGCACCUGAUGAAGUGUUCUGAGCUCUAGCUCCCUACGCUACCCCUUGCCGACCCUUCUGGAUGCAACUUUUCCGCCAGUCCAUUGCGACAGCCGGUACCAAACAGCCCUUCUACCCUCAGAAAUCACGUACGCGAUCGAUCGGAUCGGAGUGACGUCCGGGCUGCCACAGACCCACCCCUCCUGGGUUAAUAAAUCGUUACUAGCCAUCGUGCUGCCGCUGUUUCAGGCGAUCUUUCACACACACAGGCUCUUUUUUUCUUUAGUAAAAGUGUCACGAUACGAGAGAGCGCAGAGAGACCCCCACAGCAGCCGAGGCGCCCGGCUCCUGCCGCGCCUCAGAGCGAGGCUGGGUGGUUGCCAGGGCCGUUGUCAGGCUGGGCCCGGUGUAGUGCGCGGAGCUUGGCGACGCUUGCAGCUGUGAGAAAGAGUAGCGGCGGUCUGAUUUUAAACGAGCCGGUCGAAGGUGGGAGGAUAUUAAACCUGAAAUAAACCCAGGAUAUCCGAUUCAGGAGCAGCAUGUCCAAAUAUCCACCACUACUUCGUAGACCACUGCCACCAAAAGAUGCUCUUCCUUUUGAUAAAACAUCAACAGAAAAUGUAUCAGGCCUUGCUGCUCUGCCCAAGAAAGAAGAGAUACGAUGAUCCAUAUUUUGCAGAGGAUGAUGUUCGAUACCAUAUUCCAACUGCUUUCACUCUAGACAAUUUUCUUCAAAAACCUUGUGUGAAUCCUUCACCUUCAGAUGAGAAAAAGAUUAUUUUAUCAUGUCAUAACUUUAACAAGAUUUUGAAGCUCCUUGAACACAAGUUAUUGAAGCAUAACCAGGAAAAAUUGCACAUAAUAGAAUUAUCCAUUGAUGACAUUCCACCUGUAUUGAAACGAAUCCCUUGGAGACAACAGAUUCUUGAAAUGAUUGCUGCUGCCAAAAGUUAUCAUGUCACCUCAGAACUGCCCAUAUACCCAGGAACUGAACUGAAUUUUGAAGAAAGCGCCCAGUGUUUUGAAUCCCCAGACUCUGAAUCCACAAUGGAGGAGGAAGAAGAGGAGCAAGUAAAGCCAUUUGAACUUGUUAUUGUAAGAUCAAUAAUAGCAGGAGGGGAGUCUAUAAAUUUGAGGGGAUUUUUUAUUCAUCAGCUUCCUGACCUGACAAGGCUCGCUUUCACCUUAAAGUAUCUGAACCUCUCAUUCAAUAACUUCCGGGUCAUUCCAAAUGAGAUUUAUCAAUUCUCCUGCCUUGAAAUGUUGAAUUUAAGAGACAAUCCAAUUACAGAAAUUUCUUCUGAUAUUGAGAAAUUGACCAACCUGAGAAUUUUUAACAUUUCUUUCUGCAUCAUUUCAAUUCUGCCUGUUGGACUAUUCCUCUUACCACAUCUUCAGUCACUCAAUGUUGCCUACAACAAGAUUUCUUUCAUUCCCAAUGAUAUUAGAAAUCUCAGAGAACUUCAAUUUCUAAACAUUGAAGGAAAUGAACUAAGAUCACUGCCAUGUGGCCUUCUUGAACUCCCACUGAAGCAUAUACGCGUGUAUAAUAAUUACAUGCAUCCUUUAUUUUGGGAAGAAAAUAUACAGAACCAGCCACAGCACCUGACUGAUAUAGCUGCUCUCUCUUUAACCAAGAACAACUUGCAUCAGCACUACUUUAAUAUACCCGAGGAGGUACAACAUAUACUGAACAAUGCUUCAGUUUGCGACUGCUGCAAAGGACCUCUGUUUGGUUCAGGACUUCGUCUGAUCCGACCAUAUAAGAUGACUUUUAAUACUGAAAACCUUCCAUAUCAAUUUUGUGCCUGCUCACCAUCUUGUUAUAAAUUAUUCAAGUCUAAGACUCACUGAACAUAUCUAUGGUCUUGUAACUUCAAGUUAGAAAAGCAAAGUUAUUGAGUACCACGUGUUUGUUCUACAUCAUGUUUCAUAUAAUGUGUCUGACUUUAUGGAAAAAUAAUUCUGGUGAGCACAUAUUUAAAUUAAUGAAAAUAUUGUUUAGUGCUGUGCUUUUUAAAUAAUUUCUUGUGCAGAUUUGUUGCUAAAUUCAAUACAUUAAUUAACAGUGGCAUGCCCUUUCAUUGUUGAGCUUAAGUGAUUACAAUGAUGUGAAUUGACAACUUCUUACAUAGGUUUUUAAGGAAGGGUAGAUUUUAAGUGUGACAAUAAAUAAUCUUGACCAUAGAUACAAAAAUACUUAACUUGCUCCUUUAACCUGAUGGUCUUCAAAACAUUUGCAUGGCUGUUUAAAUCAACUGCCCAUUUAGCUAUUUCUCUUUAAGACGAUAAAGAGAAGCUCCUUCUAUAAAAACUAAUUUAGUCUAAUCCUUAGCACGUAAUCCCAUGGAUUGAAUAUUGGUUUAGCGAUAGAAAACAAAUGAUUAGUUACUAAGACAAGGUAAAAUUCUGGUUCUGAGGUUUUGACUGGUGGAAUUGUGUAAAAGUUGGUUUUCACUCCCCAGUUACUCAUAAUUAUUAUAAAUGUAACCUUAUCUUUCCCUAUAACGCCAUUAUGAGAACAGAAUUUGGAAGUGAGUUAAUCUUAGAACAACAGCCUUUCCCACCUCAAUGGAGGAGCUUUCCCAGUGACCCUUCUCCCUUUCUCUUUCUUUAUUGCUUUUUCAAUUUUUCCCUUCAAAUAUUUAUACUAUUCUGCUUUGAAAGUAGUUAUCAAAUGUUCUUCCUAUUCCCUCACCACUCAUUUGCUGUUUAAACCUCAAUAUUUACAUCAGUUCUGGUUCUCUUGCCCAGCAUCUUGAAUGUGCCUUAAGCUAUUGGAAAGUGUCUGUUAUUUACUUUAUCAACCAUCUUCUAAACUUUUUCUUUAAUGUGAAAAACCCCAGUUUCUUAAUUGUCUCCAUAACUGGCCCUUCAUUCUUGCUUCUCUUCCACCUUCCUCUAUAUCCACUCCAAGAAUAUGACAUCUUUCCUUGAGAGCACAGUGAAAACAAGAGUAGAAAUAAGCCUCCAGUCCCCUUAACCCUGUCUUUCCAUUCAAUACGAUCAUAGCUGAACUACUCUGGCUUCAACUCCACCCUGAUCUUCUAAGGAAUUACCUACCUCCACAACUGCAGUGAUUCAUCACUGUCUCCAAAGGUGUGGCCUACAUAAUGAAACAAUGAAGAGCCAGACAGAAUUUUGGUAAUAUUUUCUAUAAUUUGUUUCUAUCUUUCAUCUAUUGGUGUACCUUUAUAACCUGUUGCUCAUUUCCACACAAUUUGUUGUGUCCCCUAACAAUGUAAUUUGUGCACUUCCUUAUAGAACUCUCAGUUCCUUGAUUCAAAUCAUUAAUUAAUGUCAGUGAUACAAUUCUGAAGCCCCAGAACAGAUUCUGUGUCAUCACCAUGUAUCUCAUCCUAACAGUUAAUAUCCUUAUCCUACCAUGUUUCCUGUUAAAUUAAGCCAUGUCAUAGAGUUCACUCCAUUUCAAUAAAAGCAGUUCUGUUAAUGAUUUCUUCUGUUGAGCUUCAUUAGGUGCCUCCUAAAGAUCCAAGGAGAUGAUAUUAUCUCUAAUCUAUAGACACUUAGUGAGUAAUCUCUCCAAUAAAAGUUCAGUCUGAAUGGUUGAACAUGACCCAUAAGUCCCUGAUGAUUUUCGUCUAUCUAUUGCUCAAAUGAAAAGUUGUCCUGUUGCUGAAUCUGCUAAUUCCCCACAAAUGAUGUUCAGGCAUAUACUUUCCUUCUUCCACUCUCCCAUUCCAUUGCAAAUAGAAGUUACAAUCCAGCAAUACUAGACAGGCAGUUGGCAUCCGUCUGUCUUGAAGGACAAUGGGUGGUGAUUAUCAUCAUCACAUGCCUGGGCAGAAGGUAUAGAGAUCCUGAGAUGCCCAGUCCUCAAGAUCCCCCUCUUGGCCUCACCAGUGGACAUAUGUUUGGCACCAACUCGGCUGCAGGAGCUGUUGGAAGGACGUUCAGUGAUGUCCAGCUGCCUUAAGGGCUCCACUGCGAAUUUGCUGUCUGGGUUUAUUCCCAUAACCUUCGUCUUUCCUGAAGCUGCCCACAAGGCAGUGGUGCUAUAUGCCCAUAAACUGGGCAGAUAAUCUCUUCAAAAACACAGAGUCUAGUCACAAAACUUUGACAUUCAGUUGCAGUUCCAUCACUGUAUCCCCCAUCACCAUUGACUAGAAACUCAACUGUACCACCUGCAUAGAUACUGGAAUUAGUGUGUUAUUAUAUUGGUUGGUUCAAACUUUAUAACUGCAAAACAGUCACAACUCCAAGCUUUGAGAUUAAAAAUAAUGAAGAAAGGGUUUGAAUAAUAAAAAAGAAACUAAACUACAGGUGCAUUAGGUGUAGACAUCAUAAAUUAUACAUUCUGCCAUCUAAUGGCAGUUAAUAACAUUUCUGCAUAUUCUUAGCAGUAAGUGUACAAUUUUGCAAAUUAUUUCAAAAUAAAUCAGUUCUAGAAGUCCUUUGCAGUACACUAUGAGUGCUUAAUUUUGUUUCUAAAAUGAUGAACCAAAGUGUGAGGAGUUGCAGUUUGGGAGAACUAGUGUAGGACUUACACUAGUGGGGAGUGUGGUAGAACAGAGAGAUCUGGAAUUCAGAUCCAUAACUCAUUGAAAGUGGUGUCGUAGGUAGGUAGGGCCAUAAACAUUGCUUUGGGCACAUUGGCCUUCAUUAAUCAAUGUACUGAGUAAAGGAGUUGGGAUUUUAUGUUGAAGUUGUAUAAGAAAUCUGAGGUGUGUAUGUUUCAAUGUGAGGAGUAUUGUGGGGAAGACAGACAAGCUGAAGGCCUGGAUUGACAUGGAAUUAUGACAUCAUAACCAUUACUGAAACUUGGCUACAGGAGGGGCAGGACUGGCAGCUCAAUGUUCCAGGGUUCCGAUGUUUCAGACGUGAUAGAGGCAUAGGGAUGGGGAGGAGGUGGCUUUGCUAGUCAGGGAAAAUAUUACCGCAGUGCUUCGGCAGGACAGAUUAGAGGGCUUGUCUACUGAGGCCAUAUGGGUGGAACUGAGAAAUAGGAAAGGUAUGACCACGUUAAUAGGAUUGUAUUAUAGAUCAACCAAUAGUCAGCGAGAAUUGGAGGAGCAAAUCUGCAGAGAGAUAACAGACAACUGCAGGAGACAGAAAGUUGUGAUUGUAGGGGAUUUUAAUUUUCCACACAUUGAUUGGGAUUCCCAUACCGUUAAAGGUCUAGGUGGGUUAGAGUUGGUAAAAUGUGUUCAGGAAAGUUUUCUAAAUCAAUAUAUUGAUGUACCAACAAGGGAGGAUGCAAUAUUAGAUCUCCUGUUAGGAAAUGAGUUAGUGCGGGUGACGGAAGUGUGUGUAGGGAAACAGUUUGGUUCCAGUGAUCAUAACGCCAUUAGUUUCAACUUGAUCAUGGAUAAAGAUAGAUCUGGUCCUCAGGUUGAAGUUCUAAACUGGAAAAAGGACAAAUUUGAAGAAAUGAGAAAGGAUCUAAAAAGUGUACAGGUUGUUCUCUGGCAAGGAUGUGAUUGGUAAGUGGGAGGCCUUCAAAGGAGAAAUUUUGAGAGUGCAGAGUUUGUAAGUUCCUGUCAGGGUUAAAGGCAAAAUGAAUAAGAAUAAGGAACCUUGGUUCUUGAGGGAUAUUAGAACUCUGAUAAAGAAGAAGCGAGAGAUGUAUAACAUGUAUAGGCAACAGGGAGGAAAUAAGAUGCUUGAGGAGUAUAAAAAGAGUAAGAAAAUACUUAAGAAAGAAAUCAGGAGGGCUAAAAGAAGACAUGAGGUUGCUUUGGCAGUCAGGGUGAAGGAUAAUCCUAAGAGCUUCUACAGGUAUGUUAAGAGCAAAAGGAUACUAAGGGAUAAAAUUGGUCCUCUUGAAGAUCAGAGUGGUCAGCUAUGUAUGGAACCAAAAGAAAUGGGAGAGAUAUUAAAUGGGUUUUUUGCAUCUGUAUUUACUAAGGAAACUGGAAUGGAGUCUAUGGAAACAAGGUAAACAAGUAGGGAGGUCAUGGAACUGAUACAGAUUAAAGAGGAGAAGGUGCUUGCUGUCUUGAGGCAAAUCAGAGUAGAUAAAUCCCCAGGACCCGACAGGGUAUUCCCUCAGACCUUGAAGGAGACUAGUGUUGAAAUUGCAGAAAUAUUUAAAAUGUCGAUAUCCACGGGUCAGGUGCCGGAGGAUUGGAGGAUAGCUCAUGUAGUUCCGUUGUUUAAAAAAGGCUCAAUGGAAGAUGCCAGAGAGUGGUAGUGGAGGAUUGCUACUCUGAGUGGAGGCCUGUGACUAGUGGUGUGCCACAGGGAUCAGUGCUGGGUCCAUUGUUAUUUGUCACCUAUAUCAAUGAUCUGGAUGAUAAUGUGGCAAAUUGGAUCAGCAAAUUUGCUGAUGAUACAAAGAUUGGAGGUGUAGUGGACAGUGAGGAAGGUUUUCAAAGCUUGCAGACAGAUUUGGACCAGUUGGAGGAAUGGGCUGAAAAAUGGCAGAUGGAGUUUAUUGCAGUCAAGUGUGAGGUAUUGUACUUCAAAAGGUCAAACCAAGGUAGAACAUACAAGGUAAAUGGUAGGACACUGAGGAGUGCAGUAGAACAGAGGGAUCUGGGAGUACAGAUACAUAAUUCCCUAAAAGUGACGUCACAAGUAGAUAGGGUUGUAAAGUGAGCUUUUGGUACAUUGGCCUUUAUAAAUCUAAGUAUUGAGUGUAAGAGUUGGAAUGUAAUGGUGAGGUUGUAUAAGACAUUGGUGAGACCAAAUUUGGAGUAUUAUGUGCAGUUUUGGUCACCUAAUUACAGGAAGGAUAUUAAUAAGGUUGAAAGAGUGCAGAGAAGGUUUACAAGGAUGCUGGGACUUGAGAAACUGAGUUACAGAGAAAGGUUGAAUAGGUUAGGACUUUAUUCCCUGAAGCGUAGGAGAAUGAGGGGUGAUUUGAUACAGGGGUAUAAAAUUAUGAUGGGUAUAGAUAAAGUGAAUGCAAGCAGGCAUUUUCCACUGAGGCUAGGGGAGGAAAAAAACCAGAGGUCAUGGGUUAAGGGUGAAGGGGGAAAGGUAUAAAGGAAACAUUGGGGGGGCUUCUUCACCCAGAGUGUGGUGGGAGUGUGGAAUGAGCUGUCAGAUGAAGUGGUGAAUGUGGGCUCACUUUUAACAUUUAAGAAAAACGUGGACAGGUAUAUGGAUGAGAGGUGUAUGGAGGGAUAUGGUCCAGGUGUAGGUCAUGGGUCUAGACAGAAAAAUGGUUCGGCACAGUCAAGAAGGGCCAAAAGGCCUGUUUCUGUGCUGCAUUGUUCUGUGGUUCUAAGAAAUUAGAGAGGCCUAAUUUAUAGAGUGUUAUGUGGAGUUCUGGUCACCUACCUUCAGGAAAGUGUGCUGUAGUUCUCUAUGACUCUCAAGCAAAAUUAAAUAAAUGGAAGUGGUAGAUAGCCUGCUGGUCAUAUUAUUAAGAUCCAUGUUUUUGUUGAUAUAAAAACUAAAAACAAAUAUUGAUCAUGUUCCUUGGUGCCAAAUAAAGAAUUUUUAUUAUAUAGUAGUAUAAUUGAAAAGAAGACUGAAAAUAAUUUUGAAGCAUUUUUCAGAUUUGUUCCAUAAAACUUAAAUGUGAAGUUUGCUCAGAGAGAUAUAGGAAUCAUUAAAAGAAGAGUUUGAAAAUAAAGGACUGUUUUCCAGAAAGAAUUACGCAGCUGUGCUAACUAUCCGGUUAUAUUAGACAUGAGAAAUACAUUUUCCAAGUAUAAGUCAAAAAAUACUUGAUUUAGUCUUUGGUCCCUGAUUAUUAUUGGAGUGAGAUAUGAUAAUUCUACAUUGAUAUGUUACACCCAGUGAGUCUGAGAUUUGCACUUCCAGCAUUAUAUUCUGUUCCUUUGCAGAACAGUUGUAAAAAUGUUGCACUGUAAUGCAGAGGAGAAACAAAAGAUUCUGCACAUGCUGGAAAUCUUGAGCAAGACCUGCAAAAUGCUGGAGGAGCUCAGCAGGUCAGGCAGUAUCUAUGGAAGGAAAUGAACAGUUAACUUUUCAGCUUGAGAUCUUGCAUCAGGACAGGAAAGCAAAGACACCUGAAAAAGAAGGGAAGGAUUACAAACUUACAGGUGAUAGGUGAGGGGGAAGGUCAGUGGGUAGGUGAUGGGGGAUAAUAAGGAAUGAUGUGAGAAGCUAUGUUAUGAAAAGUGGAGGAAUUAAGUGGUUGAAGAAGGUGGAAUCUUAUUGAGAGGACAGUGGACUCUGGAAUAAAGGGAAGGAAGGGGAGAACCAGAGGGUGAUAGGCAGCUCAUGAGAGUGGAAGAGGAGAAGAAAAGGGGUGAGAGGGCCACCAAAAUGAGAGAAUACUGUCAGCUUGGAGACUGCCAAGAUGAAAUAUGAGAUAUUGGCCCUCCAACCUGCAUCGGAACUCAUCGGGGCAAUAGAGGAGGCCAUAGACAGACAUUUCUGAGAGGAAAAGGAAAGUGAAAUUGAAAUGGAUGGCCACUGGGAGAUCCUGGCUGUUGUGGUGGAUAGACUGAGGGUGCUAAACAAUGUGCUGCCACCCCCCAAUCUGUGUAGGCUCCCACUGAUGCAGGGGAGGCCACAUUGUGAGCACCAGAUACAAUAAGUGACACUGACAGAUUCACUGGUGAAGUGCCAUCUCACCUGGAGGGACUGUCUGGAGCUAUGAAUGGUGAUGAGGGAGGUGGUGUAGAGGCAGGUAUAACAGUGAUAAGUUCCAGGAGAAAGAUCUGUGCAGAAAGACAAGUGGACAAGGAAGUUGCAGAGAGAGUGAGCCCUGACAAAGACUGGGGGAAAAGGUGGAAGGAAAGAUGUGUCUGUUGGUGGGACCCUAUUGGAGAUGGUGGAAGUUGCAGAGAAUGAUGUGCUGGACCUCCAGUGUAGUAAUCUCUGGAUUGCUGCUUGUGCCAUGUGCCAGUAUGGGUUCAAAUAGAAGUCAUCCAACAAUGCUGGGCAGAAUAGACACAGAGUCAGAAGGUGUGUCAGAUAUGUAGUAAAUGGACACAAUGAGAUUGACAAAGGGGAAAUAGGUGUCAGAGAUGGACCGAGUAAAUUUGAGUAUGGGUUGGAAAUUGGAUGCAAAGUUGAUGAAUUCAUUGAGCAGCAAUGCAGUCAUUAAUUUAGUGGAGAAAGAAUUGGGAAGUGUUACCAGACUAUGCUUGGAACAGAGUUACAUGUAGCCAAUGAAAAGACAGGCAGAGAUGGGAUCCAUACGAGUCCCCAUCUUUGAUUUGGAGAAUGUGGGAGGAACUGAGAGAGAAAGUGUUGAGGGUAAGUACUUCUCUUAUCAGAUUCCUUCUUCUUCAGCCCUUUACCUCUUCUACCUGUCAUCUAAAUCUUCACAUCAUUCCUUUUCAUCUCCCCGCACCCACCCACCUACCUUCUCCCUCACAUUGUCUCACCUAUAACCUGCCAGCUUGUAUUCCCUUCCCUCCCUCCAUCUUUUUAUUCUGGCCUCUGCCCUCUUUAUUUCAUGUCCUAAUGAAGGGUCCAUGCCCAGAGUGUUGACUGUUUAUUCAUUUCCGUAGAUGUUGCCUGAUCUGCUAAGUUCCUCCAUCAUUUUGUAAUGCAGGGGGUAGCACUGUGGCACUAUGGCUGGUUUGGACCCUUUCCUUGUCUGAUAUUGAUGUGGAGUUUAUGUGCUCUUCCUCUGACUCUGUGGGUUUCAUCCCACACCCCAAAGAUGCAAAGUGCUUAGGUGGAUAAGUAAGUGGGAGAACAGUAAGGGACUGUUGGGAACGCCCUGGGAGCCAGUGAAGACUUGAUGGGUCGAAUAGUCUUUUAUAUUUGUAAGAGAAUGUGAGAAAAUAUUAUUAUACUGCUGAUUGAUGCACAUUUUUCACUCUGUAUCACUGACAAGACAACUGCAUAGCAGUUGUUGAGAAAUUGGUUUUAAAGGAUCAUGGUUUUGAUGUCAUGUAUUGUAAUAAUGAAUUGAAUAAAUUUUUGCAGAUUUGCAACA